AUGAUUAACAAACAGACUAGUAGUGGUGCUGGCCUUACUCCUACCCUUUCCUCUCUAGUGAUAAAUGUGGUUUCUGCGAUCGUGUGUUCCUGGGGGUUGUACCAUUGUUCGUGUGUGGUGUUGCCCGCAAGCUUAAAGAAAGCUGGACACAAGCAGUUUCUAACAAACAUUUCAGUGGUUGUCACAGUGAUCAACAACACGGCAAAUGUCAUCAAUUGGUUUGUACAAAGAUGUGCUGGUGCAGAGGUCCAGCAGUGGAAGGCGGUGUCCGCACUUGUGAGUAGAGAAAUCACUUUACCCUUUGCUCUCAUUAUGGAAACCAUCGUGCCGUUAGUGUACUGGCCACUGAGAUUAUUCGCCUUGAGGUUAAUCGCACAAGAUAUUCCAGCUGGUAUGAGGUAUCCGAUCCCCAUCUCGGUAGACUUGGCCAUCCACUUCUGGCCCAUUGUCUUCCUGCUGGGUGACCACUAUCUCUCCGGAUACGGGUCGAAAUUCAAGAUAUCCAAUGGCAAAGCGUGGCUUGUCAUUACGGGGACCGGGUUUGCCUAUUACAAAUUUUUGGCAGCCCUCAUCGACGUAUCUACAGGACAGGCGUACCCUUAUCCAUUCUUGAAUGUGAACGAACCGUACAGAUCAAUCAUAUUUGUGUUCGUAUCCACAAUUGCAUGGCUGAUCUUUAUCGGCUACCAAGCUCGAGUCCCACACCAAUUGCAACGUUUACAGAAGAAGACAGCGUAA